AUGUAUACUGUCGCAUCUACUCUCACAAUUGCCUUGGUCCUGGUGGGACUCGCUGUGGUUUCGCUCCUCCUCAAGUCCGUCCUACAGUACUGGAGGUUAAGACACAUCCCCGGCCCAUUUGCGGCCAAAUUCAGCAACUUCUGGUUAGCUGGGAAGUUUUGGAACAAAGAAUACUUUGAUGCCAUCGCUCUGGCGCUGGAUAGGCAGUAUGGCCCAGUUGUGAGGUACGGCCCAAACAGAGUCUUGUUCAGCGAUCUCUCGGCUGUGGGCGUUGUCUUCAACACCAGGAAUUCAUUUCCCAAGGCAGAAUCUUACGAGGUGGCCUUUCAAGCAGUCAAUGGAAAGCUGAUAAGCUCCAUCGCAACAGAACGAAACGAGGCCCGAAUCUCCAUGAUAAAAAAGCAGAUUAUUGGCGCCUUCACGACCACAGCCAUUCUUGAUUACGAAUGCCAUGUCGACCGCAAUAUCAAGAAUCUGAUGAGCCGGCUUGUCACUACAGAUCCAGAGGUGAACAUUGCCAGAUGGAACAUCUUCUUCGCUUUUGACACCAUCUGUAACAUCGCCUUCAGUGACGACCAAGGCUUCAUGGAGAAACAGUCCGAUCUGGGAGACGCCUUAGAAGGCUCCCGUCAGCGAUUUGACCACUGGCACUAUUGGCAAUCCCUGCCCAAACUUGAGAGGCUCAUUUAUAAAAACCGCUUUGCCUCCAGAAGCGCAGGCGCAGCAUCCCUCCUUGGUAAACUUGCCGUCGAACGCCUCCAAACGCGGCUUGAAAAGGGCGGAGUAGGGACCCAUUCGGACCUUCUCGACCGGUAUCUCCAGGCAAGUGAGCGCGACCCUGUCACUUUCGAUAGAUCGACCAUUAUCGGCCUACUCAUCUCGACGAUCCACGCGGGUGCUGAGACCACUGCGGCAACUGUUAACAUAACUCUGUAUUACCUGCUCACCAAUCCACGGACCUUGGCCAAGCUGCGGGCCGAGAUCGAAGAUGCAAAGCUCGCCUCUCCACCUUCAUGGCAAUCGGUCUCGAAACUCCGCUACCUGGAAGCCUGCAUCAAGGAAGCCGGCCGGCUGCGUCCGCUGAUCCUCGACCCGAUGGAGCGCGAAGUGCCUGUCGACGGGCCCGGGAUCGAGAUUUCCGGCACCUAUAUCCCGGCUGGGACCGUAGUCGCGAUCAACAUACACGCGCUGAACCGCGACCCGUCUGUCUGGGGAGACCGAGUUGACGAGUUCAGACCCGAGCGUUGGAUAGAAGCUGAUGAGACCCAACUCUCCCGAAUGGAGCGCGCCAACUUGUUCUUCUCCGCUGGGAGGAGGACGUGCAUCGGGCAGCACAUCGCGUGGAUUGAGAUGAAGAAGUUUCUCCCCGAGCUACUGAACCGGUUUGAUAUCGAACUGGUCAACCCUAAGAAACCACUUGAGACGUUCCAGUCCUUGGCUUUCUUCGUCAACGAGCUCACGGUCAGACUGACGCCGCGAUGA